CAUCAUGGCUUCUUAUGAUGGUGGAGGAUAAAGGCGGAAAAUGGGCCAGCGCGGUUCCAAUUGCAUUUCCACCCCACUUGACUUCUGAGGUACCCAUCAAUGGGGCGAGUCUGUUCCGCCGGAAUUAAGUUCAGAGAAGUUCGGACCAUCACCGACAAACCGGCGACGGAGACCAAGCUCGUCCGAAUUUCCUACACCGACGGCGAUGCGACCGAUUCGUCCAGUGGUGAGGACGAAGAGCCAAUCCUCAUCCGCCACGUCAAACGCCACGUGACUGAGAUCAGGCUUCUCACUACCGAUUGUUCCAAAAAGCCACCGCCGCCGAAAUCGAGAGUUAAGCCGCCGUCGAAUUCGGAGAGCCAUAGAAAGUUUAGAGGAGUUCGGCGGCGGCCGUGGGGCAAAUGGGCAGCGGAGAUCAGAGACCCUUUACGGCGAACAAGAGUUUGGCUUGGAACCUACGACACGGCGGAGGAAGCCGCUGUCGUUUACGACCGUGCCGCCGUCCGCCUUAGAGGUCCCAACGCUUUUACCAAUUUCGUCGCCGAAGCUCCCAAUUCCAAAACAACUGUUGUCACAUACCUCCCUCCACCGCCACCACCGCCGCCGCCGGAAAAUCAUAGUACGGCAGCAGUGGGAGUUUCCUACAGCAAAGAAUUCCGGAAUCACUGCUCUCCGACUUCCGUCUUGAGAUUAGAAGAACAAAAUUGGAGACCCAUUGAGCAUCUAAGCGAAGAAUCAGGAUUAGAAGACGAAUUCAAUUGGUUAUAUGAUCGGAACUCCAACAGUUUCUUGUUCAAUCUAAGAAGCCCACAACCGUUAUUUUCCGACCAAAUGGAACUGGAAAUUCCGAAAUGGGAAGAUUUCGGGGACAUUUCGGUGGAUUUCGAUUCAUGUAAAUGGGACGUAGAGAAUUAUUUUCAAGAUCCAAGCUUUAGUAUCGCAUUGACUGACUGACUGACAAAUUAGCUGGGAUCGUACGAGCAGCUGUGUCUGUGAGAGGUUUUAUUUUUGCCAUCUUUUUUUAUUUAUUAAUUUGUUAUUAUUAGUUUCUAAAUUUUUGUGUUCUAAAUUAAGUUUCCUGAGCUUUUAUUUUUGGAGUGAAUUGUAUUGUAUGGAAAUAGAAUAGUGAGAUGCCCCUUUAUGUAAUCCCCACUUUUUCUAGAUUUGAGAUAUGUUCAAUAAAUGGGGUAGUAGGUUGGAGUA